AUGGAUCGGGAUCGGGGCAACCGCGCCCCUGACCCCGCCGACGCCGAUGCCGCGUGCCACCCCGUCGCACCUCGCCGGUGCCCCGGUGCCCGCUGCCAUUGUCGGACCUCCCGCGCCUCUCCCCCGCGGGAUCGACCGCGCCGCUCGUCCCCCGCGACCCAUCGGCGGACGCCAUCGCCACCGUCCUCUCCGUCGCCGGCGCUCCCCAUCCCCGUCGCCGGUGCCGCCUCGCCGGACCUCCCCGACUCCUCCCUGAGCCCGCUGCCAGUCCCCUACAGCCCCGCCGUGAGCACCUCCCUCUCCUCGCACUCUUCUUCCCCCGUGUCGGACGUCACCGUGCACGCCGUCGCGCACCCGCGCUCGCCUCGCAACUAUUGUUCCCUGCUGCCUUGUAGCUCGCCCCACUGCGUGCUCGCCACCACCUCCUCCCUGCGCCCCUCCCUGCUAGCUUCGAGGCCGCACGCGCCGCACACCGGCGCCCGCACCCCGCCUCGUCCCUGCCGCUCGCUGCCGCUCUGCACUGUCGCUGCAGCCUCUGCUGCUGCCGGAGGCCGCCAACGCUGUCCCACACUUGCCGGCCGGCCCCUGCCCGACGCCCGCCUCCAGUCGCCUGCUCCAGUCGCCGCGCCACGCACGACCGCGGCCCCUCCCGCUCGCGCCUGCGGCCUUGGUCGCGCGCGCCUUGCGCCGCGCGUGCCCGACCACUCGUCGUGCUGCUCCGGCGCCCCGCUGUGGUCGGCGCCCCCUGGUAGCCUGGGCGUGCCCCCAAAUGGGCUAGCGCCCAGCGCCCGCACCCGGCUGCUCACACGCCCGUUAAGGCCACCUCUGGGCUAA